UGUGUCUUCCUUCCUUGAUGACAUUUCCCAGGUUCUUUCUAGUGAGGUGAUGCAAUGUGAUGUAAAAUUCUGCCAACACUGUGAGCAUAAGCUCUGUGUGGAAUAUCUGUCUCACUUGCUUGAGACAAAUCAUGUUCUUUGAGCUUUCUGCUUCUUCCCUUCCCAUGAGGUGAAAUGUAGAGGUGGCAGCAGCUUCCUUGUGUCAAGGGGAAUAACAAAGAGCCAUUGACUUGAAGAAGCUGUUUACCCUAAUGGUCUAGAUGCUUGCAUCUUACAUUGGUGUGCCUGGGUUUGCUUCCUGGCUUGGGUUCCUGCUUCCUGCUAAUGUGGACCCGGGGAGGCAGUGUGAUGGCUCAUCUAAUUGGGUUCCUGCCAUCCUCAUUGAAGACCUGUGCUGUGUUCUCAGCCCCUGGCACUGGUAUGGCCAUGCUCCAGCUGUUGCCGGCGUUUGGCGAGUGAACCAGUGGAUGGCAGCUCUCUUGUCUCUUUCCCACACUGCCACCCCUUGAAUGACUUUUAUUGUUUGUAAAAAGAACCUGGGUUUGCCUAACGAGUUCAUAGUGCAAAACUUUCACACCAAGUCUGGAAACUACCCUAACCCUCAUGCAAACCUUUAAACUGUUGGGUGAAAGGGAAGGAGUUAAGCCAACAUAUUUUGUUAUAAUAGUGUAGGCUUUAGUCUAACAUACAUUUACUUCUGAAUGGUAACAUAACAUUAAUGUCACAGAAAGAAUUCCUAGUUGGUAUACCUUUGAUUUUGUUGAAGAAUCGGUAACCUACUUUGGCCUAAAAGUGCCAAGUCAGAAGUCUUCUUUGUAAUUAUUUCAAUAGUUCCAUUAUGGUGACCCAUCCAUAAUGGUAACGGACAGCUUGGAAAAUGGAUUCAUGCAUGUCAUUUUAUUUAGUCCAAAGGAAAUCCUGAAGGUAGGUAUUAUUAUUCUCAUUGCAUAUUUUGAAAAACAAAUGCAAUUAUAAGUCAUAUACAAAUCCACAUUGCUAUUUAAGUAACAGAGUCAGGUUUCAAAGCCAUUAAUGAAAAAUAACAAUUCUCAUUCCAAGAAUAUCAUGCUGCUUAGCAAAUACUUGAAGUACCUUUUGGUAACAAACCUACUUUACUCUCCUAUCAAACUAACCAGUUGCUUAAUAAUUGCGUGCAAAAGGUGCUAGCUAUAUUUGGGCACGUCUCUAGGGUGAUGGGUGGUAUAUGUGUAGCCUAGUCUCUGCCUGCUAAUACAGAAUAAUCCUAUAGUGGAAAAAUAGAAUUAAAAUAUGUUUAUUUUGGCACAAAAUAAUUUGGAAAUCCAUGUAUGGUGUUCUCAUAAUUUUCCACAGACGUUUUGAGAUUGUGUGUGUGUGUGUUUGUGUGUGUGUGGUAAGCCUUUUCAUUGUGAUAAUUGUGUCCUGGGGUGGUUGAGAGAGCAGCCCACAGUGACAAAACCAUCAGCUUUCAGGUUUUCAAGGUCCUGCAGCCCGUGGCAUGGCCACCGGGGCCUGGUGGGGGAAUCCCUGGAGGUGACAGACAAGGCUCUUUGCCCUCUGGGAAUCAGGGGUGGUUUGACUGAAGAAGGGACUAAGAUCUGGCGGGAGACGGUGGAGAUGGGACAGGGAAGUAGCAAGGAGACCAGGAGCCAAGGUGUGAGUGAUAGACAGUGCCGGCCAGCUCUGUUAGCUGGGUGGAAUCUGCAGAGGAGGGGGACUGUUGGCUUUGUGCCUCUCGUCUUCCGUGGAGGGCAGAGCAGAGAUGUCAGCUGCUGGCCUGACCUUCUCCUUCGGUGCCCAGAGUGCCCACAUUGUUAUGAACACUUGGCACUGGGUGGGUCCCUGUUCCAGAUUCUGAGCUGUGACAUGGGUGGGUCCUGCUGCCCCUGACUUGAGCCUGUGCUCUUUACCAUGUGCUAGAAUCAGGAUUCUGAACUGGCCUUUGUGUGAGCACCAGGGACAGCCACGUCCUCAGCAAAGAGGCAGUUAAUUUAAUUGCUCCUUCAGGGUCCACUUAGAGUAAUGGCUGUGAGCCACUCUCCCAAGUGUCUCCCGCAGGCAUGGACAAACUUGGCGAAACAUCAGUUGGAUGUUCAAGGAGAGAGUGGUUUAAAUACAGGCAAAGAACCUUCUGUCUAGACUGACUGCCACAGGCUUUGCAGAGUGUCACUGGGUUCCCAACCUCAACCGCCACUGAGAGGGAGAGAGAGAGAGAGAGAGAGAGAGAGAGAAAGAGAGAGAGAGAGAGAGAAAGAGAGAGAAAGGGUCACAGGUAAACUCAGCUCCAGGAGGGUGAGAUCGCUUUGUCAAGGUAAUUAUGUGUGUUCCGAGGAUGGCUCAUUGCAGUGGGGAUUUAAAAACAGGGGAAUCUUCUGUUUAAAACUCCGAGUCUUCCUAAUCUGGAUCAGUCGCUAACUGUUGGGUUUCCUUGAACUGCACAGGGUCAGUUGCGUCUUUCUGCUUGUGUGUCAUGACUGGUCAGUCAAGGAAAUAGCUCUGGCAGAUGCCAGAGCCUGCUGAGACUCCGGGUUUGCAUUCCACACCUCAGCCAUAAAAAUGCUCAAAUCAGCUCUUGGUUGAUUUUUUGGUGGCUUUUUUUUUUUUGGACAUUGGAUGGAGGUAGAUUUAGGUAGGCAUCUAAAAUAUCAUACAGCCAAGAAUCCUGGGAGUGGAAUUCCAAACAUGUGAGACACAACACUAGCUUUGUCUCUGCUCCUCUGUGUGACUCUGGCAAGCCACUUAGAUUCUUUUGUGAUUUUCCAAAAAAAAAAAAAAAAAGAACAAAGUCAUCUUCAAAAUGUCUUUCAGAGCAUAUGAAGUUUUGGCACGUUCUGAUGCUUAGUUUUCUGUUUGUGAAAUCUUUGCAGUAGGAACAUCUACUUUCAUAUAUGAUAGGACAUUGAAUUAUUUUGUAUCUGUGAAAAUCCUUCAACUCCUUUAGAGAUUAAAACAAUGGGAGUAGACAAGUUCUCAGCUAUUCAUGGCAGUGCAGAUUCUCCAUCUGUGAAACCAUCAACAACAAAGUGGAUCUAACAAUAUCUCACUGAAAGCAAAAAUGUAUUCUGAUAAAGUUCCAUCUAUCUUCAGGAAAAACUCAGGGAGGUGAAAGGUUUUUGAUUCUGGGGAUUUCUGAGGACAGCCAUUGCCAUUUCUUCCACGAGAUUGCAACAACCCUCCAGAUGCACUUCAUUCUCUCGGGAGCUUGGACACUGAAGAGUUCAAGUGUGGGGAACAACCGUGGGUUAAAUACCCUGUCACCUUGCCUGUGGGAGCCACCGUGCCGCCUGGAGUCGUGUGUGCUUCAGCUUGGUCAUUGCCACCUGAAGUCCUUUUCACUCCUGUUCUUGGUGAUACUCUUGUGGUGCUUGAUGAGAAUGAAAGCCAGUGCCCCAAGAACCUCGGGGGAGAAAGGUCUUUGUUUUCCUGAAGGAGAAGUAGCUAUUGAGGUUCCACAGAGGGUCCUUGGUCAUUGUCACAGAAAGACUCUUUGCUUCUUUGAUUUCCUUAUUCACCGACCAGACCAGGGGACUGUCCACCUGCCCUGGAAGUCCCAGGGAGUGGGUAAUAUGUCCCUAAAUGUGAGUGGGUUUGUUGAAACUUCUCUCUGCUCAGCACCUGUUCACAGCCUCCAUUAAUGCAACAGAUUUUUUCUCUCUUGGUUCUGGACGUGUUUAGAGAGAGGUUGGCAUUAAGGUUUCCUUUGUGAAAAGCUGUCUUGGUGCCCCAGCAGUGGCUUAGGGCAGGUCUGGCCCCCUACUGGUCUCUGGGUGCAGCGGCAGCUCUGUGAUCCUGGCCAGCAUUGUGCACCACUAUGGAUUGCAGAAGAGUGAGAAUCCUAGGGAGGACAUUAGCAGGCAGGAAACCUUAUCCGGGGAUGUCUGGGGUAAGUCCAAUUUUGUUUUUUUUUUCAGCCUGGAGUUAAACAGGAGCCACCUACUGGGCUGUGGUAAGGAGUAGGUGAAGUUAGAGCUGUUUUCUCAGAUGGCCCCAUUGAAACCGAGCAAAAGUGAUUGUCCAAAUCUUUUCUUCCCAAACGAAAAUGAAACGGCCUAACACACACAUUGUUGAUUUUCUCCAGCCAAGUCUCGGAGCUAUUCUGACACCUUGCUGCCAGAACCAUGUCCAUCGCUAUCACCAGCUCUGAACCACCCCGCCCUAACUCUGCUCUCAGCUUUUAAGGACAGAGAGCAGCCUUCACCUGCUAGAAUAGUGAUGUACUAGAGUGCAGGUGAUGUUUCCUCAUGUUGUGUAAAUCUUUCAAUGUGUUAGUGGUAAAUCCGUUUCUUGAGGUUUGACAAAGAUAGAAUUUUUGUUUAGAAAUGGGCACCUUGGUUAGCUCUUUUAUUGAAUAAGGAGUUGAAAAGAUGGAGAAUGCAAGUGUGAUCCCAUGCUGAUUUUUAUCUCAAAUAGUGAAGUAGGUGCAUUGUCUUCAGAAGAGAAACCUUUCUGCUCUUUUUCACACUAGACUGUUCUAUAACAUCAUUGCAGUGCGGUUGGGUGCUAGGCAUAGGGCUGGGUGCUAGGAAGGGGUGUGCUGAGAUAAACGGGGCAUACGCAGCAACCUUAGAAGGGACAGCUGGGUAGCCUGAUCACAACGUGAUGUGCGAUGGGUUCCAGGACAGACGAGUAGAGAACACAGAUGGACACAAAGAAGUAGGAGUCCUUUCCGUGCCCAGGGGAAGGAUGUGCAGAGACAAGGUUGGCUGAUGGUGGAUCUGGUUCUUGGGAAAGGCAUUCCUGGCUGAGGGGGUUGCAAGAACAGAACCAGGAAAGCCUGGUGUGACCUUGGUGCAUUGGCCAUGCUGGGAGUGCUGGGCAAACCCGGAGUUCUUGGUUUGAGGGUUGAGAUGCAUGGGGAGAGAGCCUGGAGAGGUGGGGCUCCUGGCAACUGUGGCUGGGAGCAUUGGUUUGGGCAGCAUGUGGAGUUUGGAGGUCAUGGAACAACUGUUAGAGUUCCUGAUUGUCCUGUCUUGGAAGCAAUGGGAUGAAAAUACCACAAGCUAUCCACACUGUUCAAACUCUGGUCUAUCACUCACCAGUUGUUUUUUCUACUAGUACAUGCACAAGCCUCCUUCUUUGUUUUAAACCAAAAAUGAGAUCGGAUUGUGCAUAUUACAUUUAAUCUUUUUCAUUCUCUGUUAUUGGAUUUAUUUUUUAAAGAUCUAUUUAGUUUUAUUUGCAAGGCAGAGUGGCAGAGAGAGGGAGUGACGGAGAGAAAGCAGAGGGAGAGAGUUAUCUUACGUUUUCUGGUUCACUACCGGAAAUGUCCAUAACAGCCAGGGCUGGACCACACCAAAGCCAGGAGCCAGCAACUCCAUUGGGGUCUCCCAUGUAGGUGGCAGAAACUGAAGCAGGUGGGUCAUCAAGUGCAUUAGCAGGAAGCUGGAACAGAGUGUAGGAGUCAGCACUGUAACUGGCGCUCUGAUAUGGGAUGCAGGCGUCCUAAGAGGCAGCUUAACCUGCUGAGCCACAACACAACCUCUAGUUCUAUCUUAAGAAAAGCAUCAGUAAAACACUCCCAGAGUACCAGUAUGACAAGUACUCAGCAUUAUAUUAUAUUAGUAAACUGACUUUUAAGGGUAUAGGUUGAUUUUAAAAUUUCACUAUUAUAUGCAAUUUUGUGACCCUGAGACUGGGAUGAAUUAAUAAAUUCCUCAAAAAAAGGUAGAGAACAUGAGAAAAUGCAUGAUUACCAGUAGCACUGCUCUGACACUGUGUUUUGAAUUACUUCCUCAGGAUACAUGGCAGAAGGGAGAGGGCUGGUUCCAGUGGAACAGGCACCCUUGCUAACGGUAGUCACUGCCAUGCUUAUCUAACCUCGCCAAGUCACGGAUGGUGAAGAGUGGAUCACUUGUUUCUUUGACUGGGGUUCAGUGAUGCUUCAUGAAUUUAGCAGGCCAUCUGCAUUUACUUUUCAUGACCUGAAUGCUCCUGACCCUUGCCUACUGUAAACUGGUGUGUCUGUCCUAAUUACUACAUCCUAGUGCACCUGCGUAAUGUUGCCCAGGCCGUGGUGUCAGGUAUGGACGUAACAAGCUAGCAGCCUUCCUUGGGAUACCUCUCCUCCCUCUCUCUCUAGCCCUGAAUGACGUGAAGCUGUGUGUGGAGAUUCACCUGACAGACACAGAACCCCCUCCCAGCCUGCAGACUAUGAGUAAUGAGACGCUGGUGACCGAGUUUAUCCUGCAGGGUUUCUCAGAGCACCCCGAAUACCGGGUGCUCUUUUUCAGCUGUUUCCUCUCUCUCUACACUGUGGCGCUCACAGGCAAUGUCCUAAUCAUCUUGGCCAUCACCUUCAACCCUGGCCUCCACACUCCCAUGUACUUUUUCCUGUUUAACUUGGCCACCAUGGACGUGAUCUGCACUUCCUCCAUCAUGCCCAAGGCGCUGGCAGAUCUGUUGUCAGAGAGGAGCUCCAUCUCCUACGGGGGCUGCAUGGCUCAGCUCUACUUCCUCACGUGGUCUGCGUCCUCAGAGCUGCUCCUCCUCACGGUCAUGGCCUAUGACAGGUACGCAGCCAUCUGCCACCCCCUGCAUUACAACACCAUGAUGAGCAAGACGUGCUGUGGUGUACUGGCCACGGGCGUGUGGGUGCUCUGUGCCUUCAACACGGCCAUCCACACAGGACUGAUGCUGCGAUUGAGUUUCUGUGGCCCCAAUGUCAUCACCCAUUUCUUCUGCGAGGUCCCUCCCCUGCUACGUCUCUCCUGUAGCUCCACCUAUGUGAACAGUGUCAUGGUUGUCCUGGCUGACGCCUUUUAUGGCAUGUUGAACUUCCUGAUGACUGUCAUGUCCUAUGGCUCCAUCAUCGCCAGCAUCCUGAAGAUGCGGACCUCGGAGGGGAAGAAGAAAGCUUUCUCCACCUGCUCUUCCCACCUCACUGUAGUGUGCAUGUAUUACGCCGCUGUCUUCUACGCCUACAUAAGCCCUGUCUCCAGCUACAGUGCAGAGAAGAGCAAGGUGGCUGGCGUGCUCUAUACCAUGCUGAGUCCUACCCUCAACCCCCUCAUCUAUUCUCUGAGAAACAAUGAAGUCAAAACAGCUCUCAGGAAGCUUUUCCCAUUCUUCAGAAACUAAGUUUUGCUUUUAGAAGGCGUUUUCCUUGGAAAUUAUCAUUUCAUUGGGUAUUGACCUUCCUGUGAGGGGUUCUGAUGGGCAGAUUUAUGGACUAGAGAGUGAAUAAAACCUGUCUUUUCCACCCCAGUAGAAUGCCUGCAUGGAUAAGCUCAGAAUUCUGGGGUCCUGGGGCUAGCUGAUGUGAGGAUUGGGACUGGGAGACAGCCCCCAGACCUCUGAGAAGUGGGGUUCCGUAGUCAGACCCCAAGAUGAUGCUAGUGCCAAACAGAUAGAGAAGCAACGUGUUCCUUGUGUUCUAGACACACAGUCAUGUGCAAACGUAUGCACAACGUUCAGGGUGUAAAUCCUGAAAGGACGCCUAGAAUUUAGGUGUGUGGGCUACAAAGAUUGAGUGAGGCAGGAUGUUUGGACUGGUGGAAAUGUUCUUUUUUUUAAUUUUAUUUGACAGAGUUAGAGAAGGGGGAGGAGAGAAAGGGAGAAAGUCUUCCUUCCAUUGGUUCAUCCCCCAAAUGGCCGCCAUAGCCGGAGCUAUGCUGAUCCAAAGCCAGGAGCCAGGUGCUUCCUCCCAGUCUCCCAUGUGGGUGCAGGGGCCCAAGCACUUGGGCCAUCCUCCACUGCCCUCCCAGGCCACAGCAGAGAGCUGGACUAGAAGAGGAGCAGCCGGGACAGAAUCCAGCACCCCAACCAGGACUAGAAUCUAGCACCCAUAUGGGAUGCCUGCGCUGCAGGAGGAGGUUUAACCAAGUGAGCCAUGGCACCGGCCCCUAGAGGAAAUGUUUUAAUGAGACUAUUCUUCCCUAAGGAACCUUCUAUGGCUACCAUCUUAACUCAGUUGGUUUCUCUUGACCCUGUUGGACUUUACCACAUUGCUUUGACUGUAGAAACUCCACCUUUCAUUACCUGAUGAGAGAUGCCCAUGUCUUCUCACCCUUCCUUGAAUUUGCUCUCAGACCACAAGGAUCUGAUCUACUGCAUUGGUCUGGAGUGGGGACCACUGCUAUGAUUUGGCUAUAAGAAGUCACAUAGCACUGAAAGAAGGCAAUACUAGCCUUCCAUUGUUUCUGAAUAAAACUGGGUAGACAAAUCCUCCGUCUCGCAUGAAAACAAGUCUUGAGCCUGUGUUCUACACCGUUGGGAAAUUGUAUUGGGAAGUCCAUUCUCUUUAUCCCGACCCAUUAGGAAUGGUAGGAGCAAGAUGUGAAUGUUAGGCUGUAUCAUUUGACAGAAUAAAAACACAAAUUGUGUGCUAUUGCAGUUGAAGGUUGAGUUUGAUGUGUUGGCUCUGAUUCUUCUUCAUUCAGCAUUCUCAUUAUCAUCCAUCAGAAGCACGUUGAUUUUGGGUAUGAACUUCAAGAAUUUGUUGAAUUGUGGCUGACAGUGGUUUAGGAACAUAGAAGUUACAGGCCAGUUACAAUGUCUUCUAAUAGCAUUAUGAUCCUUCAAUAAGAUAUUGAAAGUCUCAAUGUUUAUUGGAGACUCUCCAACAAGCAAAGGUUUGAAAAUGUCCACCAAUGACUCAGAAUGAUCACUAGUAUAUUUUCUUUUUAAAAAUAUUUUAUUUAUUUAUUUGAGAAGUAGAGUUAUAGAAAAUGAGAGGGAGAGACAGAGAGAAUGGUCUUUUAUCCACUGAUUCACUCCCCAGAUAGCCAUAACAGCCAGAGCUGUGCUGAUCCGAAACCAGGAGCCAGGAGCUUCUUUCAGGUCUCCCACAUGGGUGCAGGGGCCCAAGUACUUGGGUCACUUUCCACUGCUUUUCCAGGCCAUAGCAUAGAGCUGGAUUGGAAGUGGAGCAGCCAGGU